UCAGACACCGAUAGUAACUAUUUCCGGCAAAACUGCAUGCUUAUCUAAACAAAACAAACCGGGUCGUUGUCUGCUAAGAUUUGUGAGUCUAACAUAAUUAACUAGCUGUUUUAUCAUUUUAAAUAACGAUGAGUCUUCGGGUAUAUUAUGAUUUAAUGUCACAACCAUGUAGAGCUCUAGUAAUAUUUCUCAAAAAGAAUAAUAUUCCAUUUGAACCAAAAGUUGUUGCUUUGAGGAAAGGUGAACAUAUGACACCUGAAUUUGCCAAAUUGAAUCCUUUUCAGAAAGUACCUGUUUUGGAACAUAAUGGUUUUGUUUUGACAGAAAGUGUUGCUAUGAUCAGAUAUCUUGCAAGGGAAUUUCCUGUUCAAGAUAAUUGGUAUCCAAAAGAUAGCAAAGCUCAAGCUCGGGUGGAUGAAUAUUUAGAAUGGCAGCAUUUAAACACCCGAUUGUUUGGAAGCAUGAUAUUUCGUGAAAGGGUUAUUACACCACUUCUAGAGCAGAAACCUGUUAAUGAAGAUAAACUUAAAUUUUACAAAAAAGGAUUUUCGAAAGUUCUGAAAGAUUUAGAAGAAGGUUUCUUGAAAGAUCGCCCAUAUAUAAGUGGAAAUAAUAUUUCAGCAGCUGAUAUAUUUUGUGCAUGUGAAAUUGAACAACCUCUUAUGAUUGGUUAUGAUGCUUUAGCAAAUGCUACAAAAGUCAAAGCUUGGUUAGAAAGAGUACGCAAGGAAUUGGAGCCUCAUUAUAGUGAAGUCCAUGGUGUUACCAAAAAGAUGCAAGAUGCAAUAUUGAAAGGAAAAUUGUGAAGCAAUGCAGUGUUUUCUAAUAGUGCCUUAAUCUGAUAUUUUUAAACAUUUUUAUUGCAAAUUGUGCCAUAUUCAUGGUUUAUAUUUUGAUUAAAAAAUUGUUGAUCUUUUGAUGUGAUGUUUUGAUGUUAUGUUAAUCAUUUUGUUGAUUAACAUGAACUAAUAUAUUUGUUCCGUGUUUUAUUAAUUUUUUUUUCUAUAUCUAUGUUUUGUUAUUUUCAAUUAUCUGUAAUAAAAUUUUAUUAAUGGAUUA